UAGAGCCUCAGUUUGUUUCGGGCUCUCGUGCUAAGCGGUACAACACCUAAUCGAUGCGAUAUCAUCGACAAACAGUGUUUCGCCACUUAAAGCAAAGUUAACGACGAAUCGCAAACGAGUUAAAAAAUAAAAUUACUAAAGAUUGUGUUUUGAUUUUCGUAAAUUUCGAGUGAAUAAAAAGUAAAUAUUAUAUAAUAUAUAUAUAAAUAUAUGCUCCAAAUGAGUGCAAAAUGGCAUACAAAAGUGGCUUAGAAAAAAACUAAUGCAAUUAAAAAUAACAACUGUAUUCGCGGCAAUCGUGUGAGUGUUGAAAAGGAAAAGUGAAAAAGUUAUACAAACAAAAAAAAAAAAACUAAAUACAAAAAUUAUUCAAGCCAAUCAUAAAAAUCUCUAAAAAAACAAAGCAAGAAAUCGAAAACCUUUCACUGGCACCUUAAAUAUAAAAACAAAAUAUACGCAUGCACAUGAAAAUAUAUGUAUGUAUGUACAUAUAUGCAUAAGUGUUUAAAAAUAGACCAAAAUUCAAAGCGACAUAACAACAAAAUUGAACAACAACUAAUAAGAAAAGUACAUAAAAUAACAACGCCUCCAGCAGCCAGCAGCAGCAGCAAACAAGCCAGAUCCAACUUCGUUCCAGGUGCAGUGACGUUAGCAGAAAAAUUACCCAGAUCGCCUUCAUUGCAAGCAAGCAGCAUUUGUGAACUAUUUACCUUUUCCUUUCACGUUUUUCCACCAUUUAUGGCACAAGUUUUCGAGUGCGCAUAUCUGCCACCGCGUCUCUGUGUGCUAGAAGAAGUGUUGUCGACUAUUACGAUACGCCUGCGCGUGUGCUAAUGUACCUACCCCACUAAGCAAAUCAAAGCAGUGAAGCAAUGACCAAGCAUGACCAACUAUUCAAUGUGUGUGAAGCGUAAACGCGAGUGAGAAAAGUAAAACGCGAAAUCGACACAACUCCCUCUUUAGCCGUUUCCAAUAAAUCCUACAAUACGUGCAAUGUACUCCGCUCGUAUCUAUGAGUUCUUAACCCAAAUCGAUAUUUGAAUGCAUUUAGCGAGUGCGAGUGUAAAAAACUUUUCUUUUUAACGCAAAGCAAAUGGGUCCAUUGUAAACGCGGUGUACUAGACUAAGUGAAUUGGGAGUACUUGUGCCGCGAUCAGCGCUUUAGUUGUCACUCUCUAUACCUACAUACAUACAUAAUAUAUAAUAUUAAUAGCUAGUGCUAAUAAAACGUGUGCAUUGUAGACCGGCAAAGUACCCAACUAACCUACAUUCAAAUUUAGUUACAGACUCCACAGACGGCGCAAGACGGCGGAAUAAAUAAAAUAAAGCAAAACUCAAAGCGAACGCCUGCGGAGUGGACUAGAAUCUAGCAAGCGAUUGCAAGGCUCCUAGACGUAAAGGUGCUAAAGUUGCGUUUCGCGUUUGCUAUUGCAAAAUCGUACAAGGUGCUCCGCGUAUGCAGCCAUAGUAAAUUUUUAAAUCAACUGACCAAGAGACGCUACAUUGACUGCGGCAACGAUUACGUCUUACGGCCUGCGGUGUGGUGCUGAGAGAGCGGUGCUGCAAAACAAGUUUAGUGCCACUAAAAGUGCAGCUACAAGCCAGCGACAACGGGUCGUAAACAAAAAGUGACCUACAAAUACAGGUUUUCGUGUUCGGUUAUUGUGACAAACAACAACGGUCUGAGCCAGAGCCAGAGCCAGAGCCAAAGCCAGAGCCAGAACAACAGCAGUCAAUACUAUAAACAACAACAAACCACAUACAAUAAGUAGUAAUCAAAUACCAGCUACUAGCGGUUUCAUACCGACCCAACUAGACUUGGUUGCAGCAGGAGUGCCGUGGCGAGGUGACGUACAAAUAGUCCGCGUGAAUAGUUAACUAAGCAAAACCAGCUAUGCCAGCAACGCCAAUCACACCAACAAAGACGACAACAACAAUUAUGAGUACAACGGUGCCGGCAGUGCCGUUGAAAAAAGCUGGACCGCCUGUACCACCGAGGCCAUCGCAUGCAGGCAGUGGAGCACACGCAGCAGCGGCGGGUUUAUUAAAAACACAGCAACGCAAUGGCAGAGAUUCAGUUAUGAAUGCUGCAUCUACCACAAUACAGAACCGCAUUGUAACGACGACAACAACAGGCACAUCAACCAGUUCUGCUGCUGCGACUUUGUCUUCAAGCGGUCGCGUGAGUGUGGAGACAGCAGAAACGCAACAGCACAAUUUACAACAUCCGAUCAUACAGAAGAAACCAACAUCGUUGAGCUCCUCAGUUGGUACUGGCGCUGGUGGUCGUACGGUUGUUUAUAAGUCACCCUCGAUGAGUGCACCCAAACGUCCGGAAGCAUCGUCGCCCACUGUCGUUACCACAUCUGCUACUACUAGUAAUAGCAGAGCCGGCGUUAGCGGUAUUGGUCCGAAGCCGCCUUUGAAACUGCGUAAAGCACCAGAUAUUCCAACCAUGAAACCGAAAACAACAACAACAACACCAAUUCAAAAUGAACCAACUACGCCAACAGUGGAUAAAGAGGUUGGCAGUGUCACCAAAGUGCCUGGUAAUAGCAAUAGUGUUUUGAUCGGCAAAAGUCCACCGCCUCCACUGCCAACAGCCGCCAACAGUAGUAGCAGUGUUGUCAUUGUUCAAACGACACCCAGUGCAGUAAAUCUCAGUCGUCACCACUCCAUGGGCAGUGGCUCGCCAAAGACGCAAACACAAGCGAGCAGUUUGAAGGAUACGCGUCUCAGCUUGGGCCGCGUAGAUUUCGAGCGCGUUGGCAAAAUACAAUUAGAUCAAUUGCCUACGUCGGUGCAGCCGCUGCCACGUCCUCGUAAAAUUGUCAAAGUGCCUGUUGCCACGCUCGAUUUAGACGAUACUUCCACCACCAGCGGUACCCAAUCGAAUACGUCCAGUGUGAGUCUCUUUCGCCGUUCGAAAACCACACUUGAUAACUUUACUUCACGUGCCAAUAUCACUACGAUCAAUACGGGCGGGGUGGCCAAUACAUUUCUUGGUGGUAAGACGGCUGAGCUAAAGAAUAAUCUUAAAAAUGCAGCCGAACGUUUAUUCUCGGAAAUCAUAGUUAAUCAACAGCGUCAUGGUAAUGAAUCGCCGGUGAUAACAAAACAUGAGCCAGCUCUGCAAUAUCCGACCACAAACCACGCUAGCGUCGCCGCCACUACUGGUGCUUCGGUAACUGUCGUUACUACCGGCGAGUUGAGCAGUAAUUGCACUCGUAUCAAUAUCAAUACGAAUAAUGGUGAAAAAAUCGAAAACAUAUUGAAGUCGCCAGAGAAAAAGGCUGCCUUCCAUGAGAUACUCAUCUCAGAGUUGGCAGCUAUGCGUGGCCGUAGCAGUUCCAUGGAGAAUUUGACCAGCGUUGAGACGCCUAAAGCGAUUAAGAAAGAACAAGUACUACUAAAUAGUCCAGUUUCCGAGCCAAUUACUAAGUUAACAACAACAAAUCAAAUCGAAAUGACAGCAACACCAGCAACAAUGAAGUUAACACCAAACACGAACAUUUCGAACACGAACAAUUCGAGUAAUAAGCCCGUUAACAAUAAAACACGUCAACGGUGCAAUUCAAUUGAGGACCCCGAUACCGAAGAUGUCGAUGCUGAUAAUAUAGAUGACACGGAAGAUGGCGACGAAGAUGAGUUGCAAAAGAAAAAUCGCAAUAAUAAACUGAAUGGUGGUGUUGGCACACCGAGAAAACGUUGCCCUUCCGGCUGCUCCUCGGACUCCUCGCCCUAUGGCACUGAACGUUCGGCGCGUAUACGCACUUCCGAUUGGAUUGAGGUAGGCGAUAAUGGUAAGGAGGUUACCAUGACUAGCUGUCACAUUAGUUUGGAGGAUUCCGGUUUAGAAGAUGAAGAGCGUUUAGAUGAAAUGUCUUCGCUGGGUGUUGGUGAUUCCUGGGACAGCGUAAAGGAGGCAGAAAAUGUAAAGCGGUGCCGCAGUGUGAAGAGAAUUAUGUCUAUUACCGAUCUGCCACCUUUGCCAAAAAGUCUUAGCGGCAUUAAUAAAAUGCUCGGCUCCGAUUCGGGUUUGAUUAGCGAUGAUGCCGAUGCCAAUAUGGAAAAUCAUAUUAACAAUCAUAACAACAGCAACAACAACAACAACAACAACAACAGCAGCAGUAGCAGUAACCUAAGUGCCGGUAGUAGGCAUAGCAAUAACAUAGACAAUAAAAUAGAAUACCAAAAAGGUGAUAGUAAUAAUAAUAGCAACAACAGCAGCAACAACGGCAGCAAUAGCGGCAGCAAUAGCGGCAGUAGUAGUUGUAGUAAGCCAAGCAACAGCAAUAAUAUUGGCCAAAGUGAAUUUGAUAAAGCGAAAUUGUUGGAAAGUAACGAAAUGGAAUUGAAUAACGCAAGUGGCAAGUCAAAGACAUCAACUAAUGCCGCAACAACAACAACAACAACAACAGCAACAACAAAUUUAUUAGAAACGCCGUCGCCAGCAGCAGCAACAAUAACAACAACGCCCGCAAAAACAGCAACAUCAGUCACCACAAAUGCCAGCGCCGGCCCUGACGGUACAUCGGCGACGGCGACCACAGCGACGACAGCGACGAGCGUGACAGGAAGCACACUGGAUACGCAAUUAGCCAUUUUAAGAAAAGAAAUGUACGGCCUCCGCCAAUUGGAUCUCUCCCUGUUGUCCCAGUUGUGGGCACUCAACGACUCGAUACAGGAAUUUCGUACCAUGUUGGAGUCACAAGAGCUCGAACCAGACUCAUAUUCACCACACUCACCGACACCCUCAUCUUACGACUCGGUUUCAAGUGAUGCCGAAGAUGAUAGCACCAUCGCUGCCAACACAAAUAAUAAGCGGCAUAAAUCAGGUGAUGGAAACAAACCAAAAAUCAUAACGACACAACCGAAGUUAACGCAACGCUCCAAUUCAUCAGCGACGGAAAGAACGAGCAAUGGCGCGCCACAACGACCGUCACCGCCUAAGCCGCUCGAUAUGUCGCGACCAGUACCACGCAUGCGCAGCGCACCACCACCACCACCCUCCAACCGGAAAGCAGCGGCACCGCCACGCCCUACAUGAUGCUACCUAACGGAUUUCCUCGCCAGCAUGAAAAUGGUCAUGUGUAAAGCGAUUGUGAGCAACAACGGUAACGGCUGUGGUGAUGCUUUAAUGGCGGCGAAACGUUGAGGGGCAGGAAGAGAGCGAGUGCGUGAUCGCAGAGCGAGCGAAAUAAAGAGGGGGAAAUGAAAAGAGCUGUUACUGGUGGUGUGGGCGAGGAAUUUCGACUGAGUUUAAAAGGAAAAUAAGUGUAGUGAAUGAAUCAUGAGCUAUAGCAAUGAAAAAAAGCGAGCAAAUGAGGAAAGAGAAGUAAAACUACUGCAAUAAAGUGAAGCCUUAAUUAAAAGAAUUUUUGUGUUAAUAAUUAAAUAUAAGUUCGAAACUAAGGACAACAAUCAAAUUUUGGGCUUUCAAGCAAUAAGUGUGAUUGAUUGAUAGAAAUUAAAGAAAAAUUUUGUAAAAAUUAAUAAUAAAAAAA